UAUAGGUUACUGAGCAGUGCGUAUAGGCUCAUGCAGACCUGCAGAAACUGCAUAAUGAGGGAAAGAAUAACCUGGCGCAGCGCUUUUCAGGCUUUGUCUUCUCUGAAUAAUAUUGCAUGUCGUUUUAAAUAGAGCUUUCCACCGUCUGAAACCAUCCCAAUAUCUGAUCUAGUGCACGCGUCGACUCAUCCACUCAGCAAUUGCGCAUGCGCGUCGGUGGGCUCUAGAGGAGGCUCAUGUUGUCUCUCCGCAGGAAUGACGAGCCUCGCUCCACUCUCGUCGACAGGCACGCGCGGAAAGGGAGACUGAAAAUAUUCAUUUGGUGGAAAUAAAGAGAAUUCGAUCGAUCACUUCCGAACAAACACCGGAAGACGUCGCCAAACUGGACACUGUGGAGACAAAAGAUUUCUGAAGGACCUGUCCUCUUCCACUUCAAACCUGACGUCUCCUGUAUGAGUGUAGCUACAUAUUCAGUGGCAAAGCAUUUUCUAGAUGUGAUGUCUGUCGUGUUUGUCAACAACCUGCGUGUGAAAAUGGGUAUCUGGAUAUUCUUUGAAGAAAACGACUGAUGCUACAUCGAAAAAAACGCUUAAAAUGUGAGCCUCGAUCCCUCCACUUUUUGUCGGAUUUGAGGAGGCGUCCACUGGGAAUCAGGGCAGUGCAUGUGUCUCGUUUUGGAGAGAGGAGGGAGUGUGCGCGCUGGAGCUGUCCGUUCAGAACCACACACACACAUCUGCCACCAGCGGUGCACCACAAGCCAUCAGCCUCGCACCUUCUCCGGACCUCAUGGUGCGGAGCGCAAAUUCAUGACAACCUCUGCACUCAUUUAACGUCUUUAUUUUCUCAUUUUCUCUUGGCAUCUGGAGGCAAUCCCUUAUUCACCUGACAAGAACAUCAAGCGCUCAUGCAGCGAUUUCCUGCAGCUGAGCUGCCUUUGCGCACCUGUUUUUCUGCGUUCAUUCGGUUCACUCUCUUUUUUCCGUUGCCUAACAAUUGCGCACAUGUAUCCUCCGGGUCUUUCAGCGUUGUAAUGCCUGGCCCGGGCUCGAGACAUGCCUAAGCGACGAGAUGGGCCAGGGCGACGAGAAAGACCGUGUUGUAAUUAACGUGGGAGGGAUUCGACACCAGACCUACCGCAGCACCUUGCGCACUCUCCCCGGCACUCGUUUAGCCUGGCUCGCCGAGCCCGAUGCCCACAGUCACUUCGACUAUGACGCCCAGAUCGACGAGUUUUUCUUUGAUCGCCACCCCGGAGUUUUUGCACACAUUCUCAAUUAUUAUAGGACUGGCAAGUUGCAUUGCCCCGCUGAUGUUUGUGGCCCUCUUUAUGAGGAAGAGCUGGCCUUUUGGGGCAUCGAUGAGACAGAUGUGGAGCCCUGCUGCUGGAUGACGUACCGGCAGCACCGGGAGGCCGAGGAGGCACUGGACAGUUUCGGUGGAGGGCCAGCUGAAAUGGGCAACGAUGAGAUGGACACAGAAGGUUUGGGUGAUUCAGGGGACGGAGACGAGGAACUUGAGAUGACUAAACGCCUGGCCCUCGGCGACUCACCUGACGCAAAAGGUGCAGGGUUGUGGCAACGUUGGCAGCGUCGUUUUUGGGCGCUCUUUGAAGAUCCAUAUUCCUCUAAAUAUGCAAGGUGGGUGGCAUUUGCCUCGCUGUUCUUCAUACUGGUUUCCAUAACCACAUUCUGCCUGGAGACACAUGAGGCCUUCAACCCCAUCAUUAACCGCACAUAUAUUAACCCUGAAGACAACAGCUCCAGGUUUCACUUGGAGACAGAGACGGUGGUCUACCUAACCUACAUCGAGGGAGUGUGUGUGGUGUGGUUCACCUUUGAGUUCCUCAUGCGUGUCACCUUCUGUCCAGACAAAAAGAAAUUCAUCAAAAACACCCUAAACAUCAUAGACUUUGUGGCCAUCCUGCCAUUUUACCUGGAGGUGGGCCUGAGCGGCCUGUCUUCUUCUGAAGCAAAGGACGUUCUGGGUUUCCUCAGAGUGGUGAGAUUCGUUCGGAUCCUCCGAAUCUUCAAGCUGACGCGACACUUUGUGGGCCUGCGCGUACUGGGACACACUCUCCGCGCCAGCACCAAUGAGUUCCUCCUGCUCAUCAUCUUUCUGGCGCUCGGAGUGCUCAUCUUCGCCACCAUGAUCUACUACGCUGAGCGAAUCGGUGCCAAUCCCAAUGACCCACGUGCCAGCGAGCACACCCAUUUCAAAAACAUCCCCAUUGGCUUCUGGUGGGCUGUUGUGACUAUGACCACACUGGGCUAUGGAGACAUGUAUCCUCAGACUUGGUCAGGCAUGUUGGUGGGCGCACUGUGUGCUCUGGCGGGUGUGUUAACCAUCGCCAUGCCUGUGCCUGUCAUCGUCAAUAACUUUGGGAUGUACUACUCUCUAGCCAUGGCUAAGCAGAAGCUACCAAAGAAAAAGAACAAGCAUAUUCCCCGUGCGCCCCAGCCGGGCUCACCUAAUUACUGUAAGUCUGCCAUGAACUCGCCCCACCACAGCCCACAAAGUGACCACUGCGCUCUUGCUGCCCAGGAGGAGAUUUUAGACAUGAACAGAGCAGAUCCCAAAGUGAAUGGUGAGGCAGCUAAAGCAGCGCUGGCCAAUGAAGAUUGUCCCCACAUAGACCAAGCCAUUUCCCCUGAGGACGGCCAGAUCUUUAACCCAAGCGAGCCACGGGGAGACACUCCGUGUUUUCUGCUAAACGUCGGCAGACGAUCCACAAACACGGGCACCCGAGUGAGGAAGGGUUAUCAAAAGUCCCGAAGCCUGGGCACCAUAACCAGCAAGGCCCGAACGCUGGCCGAGGUGGUAUCAAUGUCCACCGGGUCCUGCGGCCCACCUGUUCUCCUGCGGCGGUCCCAUUCUCCAAUCCCCUCCAUUCUCUAAGAAAUGGAGCAGUUAGUUAGAGCUGUCUCCCUGGGUCUUCCUCAUGCUCUGCUGCCUUCUGUUCUCUGCGCUGUUUGAUUUGGUCUGGUCUGUCUUGUUCUCUGGUCCUUGUUUUCUGGAGCUGUGUUUUUGUCUCCUCCCCUCCUCCUUUUCCUCUUCCGUCCGUUUUGCUUGUUUCUUGUCUUUACAUACCGACUCUCAACUCAUACAAAGCCAUCAGAGAGAAAGAAAACCUCCAAAUGAUCUCAGGGAAAUUUUUAAGGAUUUCCUAGUUACGAGUGUUUAUCAGACACAAUAAAAGAACUGGGAUGAGAAAGGUAAACCUUUCUUUUAGAGCACACUGUUGUUGUUCCUGGAACCACUUCAGAACUGGAAAGACUUGCAUCCUCCCAUCAAACGAUUGAAAUAAUUAUAUUUUUAAGGAUUUACUAUCAAUAUUUACUCAUAAAUCCUCUCCUGUCUGAGUAUAUUCUCACAUAAAACCCUUUCAGACACCUGGAAGAUGAAAGCCUUUUUAUCGGUUUCUUUUCACUGUUUGAUUUUUACCGUACUUCCCCUUUGCUCUGGUGGAGUCUUCCUCCAUUCUUUCUUCAUCACCUCAUUAACAAGACCCCAGGUAGGAGGUAUCAGGACUCCCUUUUUCUCGCUGUCCACAGCAAACGUCUCUCCUUCCUCUGCACUUCUUUCACUGUCCCUGUGCAUUUCUGUCCAUCUCUCUUUCUCCGACCUCUUUAGCCCUGGAUUGCGAAAGCAACCCAAAUGAACGUUUUUACAAUGCAGACAAAAGGGAAGUCUUAUUUUCUCAGCCCAUUUCCUCCUCAUUCUGUGAGCUGAAUGAAAACAAGGCCCAAUGGCAGGAUGACCCUGAGCAAUCCCAUCCUCCCCUGUAUUUUCUACUGCAGAUCCCUGCAAAGAUGAAACUGCCCUAGUUAAGUAUAUGCAGUCAGAGGUGCUCAAAGUGACCUGAGAAGGCAGCAGCAUCUCAAAACCUUGGUUUCCCUUCUCCAGCCUUGCUGGACUCCACACAAUGGCCAGAGGGAUUUCAGGCUGGAGUCCAAAGGAAGGACGUAUAUGUAGAAAGAGAGCACAAUAGAGGAUGUUGUAAGUCGAUGCAGUGGCAAGCGUUUUUAUCCAGAUUCCGUCUGUCUGAAGAAUCUCAUGGACCAGGACUUUUUUAAAGGAAGACCUUAAGGACCAUCGACAGAAGAGUGCAAUGAGCGGAUGGCUUUAAAGCCAGCAAAAUGAGUUAAUGAGUCAUAAUGCUAAUGAUAGUACAUGCAGUGACAGAUGUAGUGGACUAUUACCUGUUCAUUUUAGCAUGAGCUGCAUGGUGUUACACUAAAAAAAGAGGAAAAUAUUCUAUAUCUGUUAUGAAUCUGUCUGUACAAAACAAAUAUUUUCUUUCAAGAGUUCUUGACUUUUGCAGAAUUGACAUGUAGCCAUGGAUAAUGAGAUGUUCAGAGACCAUGUUCUUUAUUUCAGCAACUGAUUUCUUCAUUCUGUCUUUGUUGUUAACCACAUGACUCGGCUCUGGUCACAUUGACCAUAAAUUCUGAAUGAGACGAUAGUGGUUACUGCCGUCAUAUAGAUUGUAAAUUCCACUCUUCAACUUUGUUUCUGUCUGGCAUGCUUGUGAUUCUGGAUCUUAUUGAGAAAAAAAACUGAGCAAAAUGAGUUAUUUUUCUGUUUUAUGUCUUACUUAUUGGUGAAUAGAUCCUGUGGAAACUGUCGUGAGCAACUGUUUAUUUCACAUAUCAAGUGCAGACUUUUAACAGUGUUAUUUUUGGAGAAAAAACAUCAAAAAACGAGAAAAACUGCAUCCUGUUGAGAUGUUUUACAUUUUCUCUCAUUACUUUUAGGUACUAAAACACAAAGAAAAGCAAAAAAGACUAAUGUAUAUUUACACUAUAAGAGAAUUGUAUGCAAUUUAGCUAACUUUGGGGAAAAACAAAUGCAUGCACUAUGUUAUGCAACAAUAACUGCAUAGAAAAACAGGAAAACAUGACUACAAC